AGCAAAGAGGACAUGGAUGGAGUGGCUUAGGCCAGACUUGUCAAGGGAAGAGGGAGUCAAGGAAAGCUGCCUGGGGGACAAAGGUGGCUCAUGGAGAACUGUGGGCUGGGGAGAGGGCGACCAGGUGAAGAGUCAAGAACGCCCCAAAUGGAGGGUGAGUGGGGAGUGGGGGUCGGACCUCAAGAUUCCAGGCGUGAUGUAGGGGAGGCUGGUGGCGCCCGAUGCCCUGGUCCUGCCCCCAUGCCCAGCGGUUGCGGAUACUGCGCCCACUAAGCCAGGUUUUGCGGGGACGACCCUGCAUACCCGGAGACUGCCUGCUGUACAAGCCCCGCCGGGCUGGCGCUCCUAGAGGCGGAGGGUCGGCCUUUUCAACCCAACCAGGAGGUAGAAUUAAGUCUUCUCUCGGAAGUGUAUGGUCGAGCUAAAGGUGACGACCACUAAGGGUCAUCUGACAUUGUGAUUGGUUAAUAAUCCCAGGACAAAAUCACUGCGCAAGCGUAAGACGGCUGCACAGAUGUUUGAUAUAAAAGCUUGGGCGGAGUGUGCUGUAGAAGGGGCUGCAAAGGACCCACAUGGCUUCCUUACAACAGGUAUGGUGGCCCUCACGCCACUGUUUCUGGCCAGCGCUGCACCGUCCUGGGAAUUGGCCAAGAUGAUCGAGGCCAGGGAAAAGGAGCAAAAGAAGCAACAAAAAUGUUAA